ACUGGGUUCACUUUUCCGAAAUCAAGUCAUCGUCAUCGAGCUCCGAUUUUAUCCAACGAAGAUGAGCAAAUCCGAGACAAACCCAACAAUUACCGACUUUUUGGAGGAAAUCGUCCACCUUGACCUCCCCAUCCACUCCGAGACCUCGUCUGUGGUGAUCGCGAAGUCGAACAUGUCGGAUCGUGGCACGAUUCUCGUCGUUAUGGGCGCUUCUGGGGAUUUGGCCCGGAAAUCCAUUUACCCGGCAUUAUGGUCGCUCUAUAUGCACGACUUGUUGCCAGCCAAUACCUUCAUUGUAGGGUUUGCCCGGUCCAAGAUCUCGAUCGCGGACAUUCUAGAUAAGGCGUUCAGUCCUACUGAGCAAGAGCAUGCCAAAUUUCCCGGAUUUUCUGGCAUCAAUUUCUAUGAAUAUGGGAGUUAUUCGGAUGCCGAGGAAUCAUUGCUCCUGAGUUUGCGAUUUGAUUCGAUUGAGGAGCAUUUUAGACAGAAACAUCUGUCAGGGCACAAUCGGAUCUUUUAUGUGGCCUUGCCUCCUUCAGUUUAUCAAUCGGUUACGACACUCAUCAAGCAGGUUUGGAUGGCUCCUGGAGAGGGGAAAACUACCUUAGUCUUGGAGAAGCCUUUUGGUACUAAUUUGGGCUCGUGUGAUGAGCUCUCUGAUCAUUUGAGUGAUCUGUUCCAGUCGGAGCAGAUCCGUUUGGUGGAUCAUUACCUUUGGCUGGAGAUGACGGGCACGAUCAUGACUGUCCGGUCAGUGAAUUCCUUGUUCAGUCAAAUUUGGGACAAGAACUUCAUCUCCUCGGUGUUGAUCUCAUUCAAAGAAGACUUUGGCACCCAGGGUAGAGGCGGAUAUUUUGACAAAUCUGGAAUCAUUCGGGAUGUAAUGCAAAACCAUCUAUUGCAACUCUUAUGCGUAGUGGCUAUGGAAAUUCCCUGCGGUUGUUCCCAAGAGAGUGCCAUCAUUGAAAAGUCUAAGCUUUUGGAGGCUAUCAGCCCCAUUGAUCCAGAUGAAGUCGUCUUAGGACAAUACAUCGGGAAUUCCGACAGAGAAGAUGGUUAUCUAGAUGAUCCCACCGUUCCCGACGACUCCCUGACGCCCACAUUUGCUACAAUCGUUUUCCACAUCAAUAACGAUCGCUGGAAAGGCGUGCCUUUUAUCAUGACGGCUGGUAAAGCCCUAAACGAAACUAAAGAUGAGAUUAGAAUUCAGUUCAAAUCUUCUUUAAUGGAAGACAUUGGUCUGGAUUUGAAGAGGAACGAGCUAGUCUUUCAGAUAAAGCCUGUAGAAAAUGUGGCCAUGAAUGUCAUCAUCAACGAACCAGGACUUUCUCCUCGAUUGAUUGAGGAUCGAUUAAGUUUAGACUUAAGGAAGCAUUUUUCCAAUCACCGUUUCCCGGAUGCUUACGAGAAUCUGUUUGCCCAUCUUUUGGGGGACGGGCAGUCAAUUGGAUCUUUUGUGGGAGCCGAGGAGUUGAGGAUAUCCUGGGAAAUCUUUAGCCCGCUCUUAGAAAAAAUCGAGAGCGAACAAUGGAAACCAAUCCCUUACAAAUUUGGAAGUUCGGGACCUGUUAAAGCUGGUCAACUCAUUCAAGCUAAAGGAUUCAAGGGUUUCGAGACGCACCUUUUGUAGGACGUUAGACAACGAAUGGAGACAACUCAGCAUGCAAUGAUCCAUCAGAAUGAUUUUAAGCAUUUGUUUUACAAAUCACGGUUAGAAUUAAAUGACAUAUCUUUGGUA